AUGACGACGCCGCCAUCGCAAUCGCCGUCGCCGCCAUCGCCGUUGCCGUCGCCGUCGCCGUUGCCGUCGCCGUCGCCGUUGCCGUCGCCGUCGCCGUUGCCGUCGCCGUCGCCGUUGCCGUCGCCGUCGCCGUCGCCGUCUAGCCCGCAAUCGCCGUCGGGGCCGCUGUCGCCGUCUCCAUCUCGCCCGCAAUCGCAGUCACGGCCACUGUCGCCGUCGCCUUCUCCAUCUCGGCCCCAAUCGCCGUUGCGGCCGUUGUCGCCGCUUCUAUCUUGGCCGCAAUCGCAGUCGCGGCCGCUGUCGCCAUCUCAGCCGCUGUCUCCGUCACGGCAGCUAUCGCCGUCGCUGCCACUGCCGUUGUCGUCAGAGGAGGAGGAGGAGGAGGAUCGACCUCAUAAUUUCGAUCAGGACACGUACGAAAUUGUGCUGAAGCGCAUUGAUGAAAAAGAAACAAUGCCUUUUGAUGUUCUUGCGAGAAAUGUGGUCGGGGAAGUGCAUGGCAUCAGGAAGCCCUUGAACCUAAUGAACGACUCGGUGCUCCAUGUGGUGAUCGCCAGUAGGAAGAUCAACUUGGCCGUCGCCAUCAUCGGCCUCCCAGAUGACAUCAACCGCAACAUUCUCUGCCACCGGAACUACUUCGGCGACACACCGCUGCACAUCGCGGCCGAGAUCGGCAACAGCGAGGUGGCUAAAGCCUUGGUAGCGGGGGACGGAAGCCUCGCGCACAAGAAGAACAAGAAGGGGGAGACGCCGCUGCACAAGGCGGUGCAGUUCGGCCACCUAGACGUGUUCAACAUCAUCAUCGAUGCGGGAGGCGACGAAAUGGCCUCCCUUCGCACCGGCGACGGCUUCACCAUCUUGCACUACGCCAUCGUGCGCAACCAGCCAAAAGAAGCUUUGGACAUCGCAGAGAAAUUUCCUGAGUUGAUAUGGACACGAAAUGCUGAUGGGGCCUCCCCGUUGCAAAUGAUGAUGGUCUAUUAUUGGUGGCCGCGCCUGCCAGGACAAGUGAAAGUGAGAGAUAAGUCAAACUACGAAAUGAGCAUGAAACUCCUGAAACUCUUAGUCCAGCUCGAAGACUUCGAAUUCUACAUCAAGGGAUUCACAUCUGACAGAUCAAUCAAAAGCCAUACACCGAUUCAUUCUGUCGUCUUAAAAAAUUCCGGGGCGCUGCUUGCCGAAGAAGAUACUGAUGAUCGGCUGGACAAGGAACCGGAAGUGAAGAAUAGGAUAAGAUGGGAUGAGUCUCCGCUGACCUCCGGCGUCAAGCUCGGCCUCGACGACUUCGUGAUUAAAAUCCUCCAAAUGCGCCCAGAGUUGGCCACUUACCUCAAUUACGACGGCACGAAUGUGCUCCAGGUCGCCGUCAAGUAUGGCCGGAGGCGGGUUGUGAUGGCCAUCAAAAAUGAUAAUUGGCUGCCGCGGUGGUUGCUCACCGAUCUGGAGCCCGACACCAACAACACCCUUCUGCAUAUCGCAGCUUCCAACAAGAUCUCCAGUAAUGAAGCAAACCCCCUACGGCUGAGAGAUGAACUCGAAUGGUUUGAGAUGCUGGAAAAGAUCGUUCCUAAAUACCUGUGGAACUACCGAAACAGAAGACGGAUGACCGCCCGGGAGGUGUUCGACGAGACGCACGAGGGGACGCUGAAGGAAUGCAGUGAAAAGCUGAAGCAGAAUAGCCAGAACAUCUCCCUGCGGUUGACAACGAUGUUGUUCACCUCCAGCUUCUUCAUCCUCCGCACCAACAACCAGGAGAGAAACCGAAUGGCCUUCAAGAUCUCGUCCCGAGUGUACGUGGUGGGGUUCUCCUGCGCCGCCACCUCGCUGGUCUUGUUCAGGCUGCUGGUCGCGUGGCGGUUCAAGCAGCAGGACUUCCGGCGGAAGGUGCCGUUGUGCUACCGGAUGGCGCUAUUCUUGAUGGGCAUUUGUCUGAUCGCCUUCGUUGUCGCCUACGCCUGCAUCGUCUAUCUGCAUAUCUACGCCGAGUCCGGCGACGCUACUGCUCCAGGUCCUCUUCCUCCCCUUCCUCCCCUUCCUCGGGGCCGCAUUCCCCCUCGCUAGAGCCAGCUGGACAUCUCGUAUGAAUGAUAUUAAUUUGUAAUCUUUGACUCAUCAAUCAAGAUUUAAGUGGAGCGGAGUGGUCAAAGCUCGGAAAAUGAAGAAUUGCUUCGGGAAAUUAUGAAGAAUUAUUUCAGGAAGCUAUCAAGAGCUAAUAAGGUUGACUAAUUUUAAUGUAUUCUUCCAUUUUAUUACAGGCCUGUAGCAAUUCUUGUGAUGUAA